CAUAUUGAGUCCUGCCAACGGGGAGCAGAUCCACCUGGUGAACUAUGUGGAGGAUUACCUGGACUCCAUCGAAUCACUGCCUUUCGACCUGCAGAGGAACGUCUCGCUGAUGCGGGAGAUCGACGCCAAAUACCAAGAGAUCCUGAAGGAGCUGGAUGACUACUAUGAGAAGUUCAAGCAGGAGAAGGACAGCACCCAGAAGAGGCGGGUGCUGCACUGCAUCCAGAGGGCCUUGAUCCGCAGCCAGGAGUUGGGCGAUGAGAAGAUCCAGAUCGUCAGUCAGAUGGUGGAGCUGGUGGAGAACCGCACCAGGCAGGUGGACAGUCAUGUGGAGCUCUUCGAAGCCCACCAGGACAUCAGCGACAGCACUGGCAGCAGCGGCAAGACCGGCCAGGACAAGUCAAAGAGUGAGACAAUCGCUCAGGCAGACAAGCCCAAUAACAAGCGGUCCCGGAGGCAGAGAAACAACGAGAAUCGAGAGAAUGCAUCUAAUAAUCACGACCAUGAUGACAUCACCUCAGGAACGCCCAAGGAGAAGAAAGCAAAAACCUCAAAGAAGAAGAAACGCUCCAAGGCCAAAGCAGAGAGGGAAGCCUCUCCCGCAGACCUCCCCAUCGACCCCAACGAGCCCACGUACUGUCUGUGCAAUCAGGUCUCCUAUGGAGAGAUGAUCGGCUGUGACAAUGACGAGUGCCCCAUAGAGUGGUUCCACUUCUCCUGCGUGGGACUCAACCAUAAACCAAAGGGCAAGUGGUACUGCCCCAAAUGUCGGGGGGAAAACGAGAAAACAAUGGACAAAGCCCUGGAGAAGUCCAAGAAAGAAAGGGCUUACAACAGGUAGUUUGUGGACAUUCACACGUGAGAACAGACCCACUGGUGUAUUUGUGUCGCUGCCUUUGUGGAAGUCCGAGGACGGUCAGAUGGGUGUUUUUAGAGAGGCUGGGGGGUCCUCUCCUCGGGACAGCGGAGAGAGCCUGUGUCUUCAUGGUGUACCCGUAACCAGACUAGGGCUGCAGAUCAGCAGUUUAGAAACUACAAAGAGAGGUUCCAAUUAAACAUGUCAGCAAAUGUCAGGCUGGUUUUGGGGGUUCGGGAGUGACUUGGAAGUAAUAUAACAGAUAUAUAAAGAAGAG